AAGAAAAAAGGCUACUUACUCGUCUAUCUUAGCCCCUUUACCUUUUACCCCCCUCUGUUUCUGUGUUCAUGUCAAGAAGCAACUGCUGCAAAGGAGAGAGAAAUUUGGAAUCCGGCAACACCCCAUUUCCUAAAGUUCUUCAAAUGGGAAUUUCCAUGUCUUAUUCUUUUUCUAUUUUUAUUUGAAAGCCGAAGUUGACCCCCCCCCCCCUUUCUGCCCAGUUUCUUUUGCGAUUUUUUACUUGAAAGCUGCUGAAAUUUUUGGUUAGUUUAAGGGUGAGCGUUAAAGAUUGACAAGGGAUAUAUGUCGUUUUUUUUUGGUUUGCCGAGAAAGGUGGAAGGAAAAAUAAAAUUCGAGGAAGAAAGUUAUACAUUUGUUCUCCUGAUGGACUUCUGGAGUUAUGCUUCAGAAGGAAAAGGCCUUCUGUUCUCUGAUGAAAUAGAUUUAUCUGCUGAUGCAUUUACAAGAAGUAGAAAAGCAUCGAUAGGAUGCGAUACAGAAGCGGCUGAGAGUGCAGAGUCUUUAGAUCUUGGUUUCUCUGAAAUCCCAAGAAAACCCUUUCAUGGUAGCAAAACGGGUGCGGGGAUGUUUGGUGGUAGCUGUGUUGGUAUUGAUUCAAGUAAACUAGUAGUAGGCUCUCCUAAUUGUAUGAUUGCCUCCAAUUCGUCAAUGGAAUCUAGGUCCAAUCAUUCGAAUUCUCUCAUGGAAUCUAAUAGUCAGGAUUCAUCACUAUUUGAUUUGAAGCUAGGGAGAUUGGCUGAUUGCAUAGAUGCACAGAAUAGUAGGUUUUCGAAAGAGAGAUUUUUGUUAUCUUCAGCAAGUCCAACUACUCAGGCAAAGCGUGCUCCAAUGGCGAGUUUGCGCCCUCGGAUUUCCUUUUGCCAGGUCUAUGAUUGUAACAAGGAUCUUAGUUCCUCCAAGGAUUACCACAAGAGGCAUAAAGUUUGUGAGGUUCAUACGAAAACUCCUCAAGUUAUUGUUAAUGGCAAUGAACAGAGGUUUUGUCAGCAGUGUAGCAGGUUUCACUUGCUGGUUGAGUUUGAUGAUGGUAAGCGCAGUUGUCGUAAACGCCUGGCAGGCCACAAUGAACGCAGACGAAAGCCUCAAUUUGGCACCAAAUUUCUGGGGACUUCCUUGGCAAAGAGAACAUCCUUUCUUUUUCCAAACAUGCUUCCAGGAGGUACUUUUUGUCCACAAAGUUAUGAAGAAGAUAAUUGGCGUAAGCAUGUUAAAUUGGAAGAGAAUUCAAUUUACAGCUCUCCAUCGGCAAUACCCAUAAGAAAUGGGCAGUUGCUGCCAAGGUCAUUCCUCCAUUUGCAUGGCAACAGGAUACAAAAGACUUGUGGAAUUUCUCCACUGGACACUGAGGACCUCACUAUUUCUAACACAGCAACAACUAUUAAUGAGUUAGCUGGGGUGUCGCACUCUAGCUGUGCUCUCUCUCUUCUGUCAGCAGCUGAAUCACAGGACUUGAGCCAUUCUGCAGGAAAUAUAAUGGUUAGGCCCUUGGUCAGUCAAGCGGGUGGUGCUUGUCAGACCUUGGGUAUUGCUAACAAAUCUUUAGGGGUAGGCUCUUCAGAAAAGUACGUGCCAAUUGGAAUUAAUUCAUUUGGAAUGAAUUUCAUUGAAGUUGACAAUAUGGGGCCAUUUGGGGUUUCUGGUUCUGGUCAUGCUGCCGACCUUAAAGUUGAAACAGAUGGAUUUCUACAUCACUCAGAUUUCUUGAACGCCAAGCAUUGUGUUUCUCCAGCAAAUGAAUCUACUGUGGAUUGGCUUCAACUGUCAUCCCAUCUUCAGAGGGUGGAGCAACAGAGGAACUCCAUGAAAGUGAAGCAUGAAAAUGAAGAUUUCUGUAGUUUUGGUGCCACUUAUAGGGUGUGAGAGUAAAUAACUUGGGCUCUCCGUUGUGACUUUCCAAGGUAAACAACGUAAGAUGUGGGAGAUAGCAAUGAAGUGCCAUGGAUAAUGUAGAUCUGUUUUUUUUUUCUUUUGACCAAGUGUACUACUCUCUUUCUUGAUGAGAAAGUGAUAAAUCCAGCGUUGAUGCAGAGGAGAGAAUUGGUGGCAAUCUGCAUACCAGCAUCAAAUAUAAUCACUAACUUCAUUGAUGCAAUAGUCAAUGAGCCUUUAGAGACUUCAGUUAGCGUUUGCAAGUACAUUCCUUUACUUAAAGGGUAUAUAUAACACGAACAGUAUAUGGAUUUUCAAUUAUUGUAAGGGGAUGCAAGUUUGAUGUUGCUGGUUGCUUUAGAGAUAACAUAUUUCGACUUUCAUUUGCAAAUACUAUGCUGGUCGAGAAAUUAAUUGCUAAAUUAUGUACA